AUGAGUCCAGCUGCGACAAGCGGGCUGCCCCACACGCGAGCGACCUCAAUCAGUGGAGGACCGGUUGGUAUGGCGAACGGCGCGAAGCCUAUUGCCACAGAUGGCUGGAGGGGAGGGAAUCGAGUUUUACCGUCUCUUGACGAACUGCUGGCCGUCAGGCCCCAGCCUGAGAUGAUCCAUUGGGCCAUGCGACGGCUUUUGCUGCAGGGAGAGUCUAUGUCCAAGCAAGCGGAUACUCACUUGGACUUUCACCGGCCGGAAGUGGCCCUGCAAGAUUACCUCAAGGCGUCGAUCAUCGUUGUGGACUAUAUACCCCGCCACAGAGACUACCCUUCUCUUCAGGCCGAUCGGGGGGAACUUCAUCGACUAUACGCCAAGCUCCAAAAGCGGAUCAAUGAGCAACAUGGGACGUUUGCAAGUGUCAAGACCAUGAUCAAAGAGAACAAUGCGAGAAGUGGAGUUACCUCAACUAGCUCUGUCAAUGAUUCCGGAGACAGCACAGCCGUAGGUAAUGGCCAUCUCCCGACACAGUCCAUUCCCGAUGGGCCCGUCAAUGACACGAAUGGAACGAAUACUCGCAAGAGGCCUGCUCCUCCUGUUCAGCCUAAGCCUGAAGCUCUCCAUGGGAAUUCGAUCCAGACAGACUUGGCAUCACGAUUCGCACUCUUGAGGAAUCCAGAGCCCGUCAAUUCAGUACAGCAAGAUCCUCGAAUCAAGACCCAGCCUAUCGUGAUACCCGGUAUGCCUUCAGGUUCCCCAGCGCCGCAAACAAAGCACACGAAAACUUCGAGCAUGAGCCGUCCUACUGGGCCACGAGAGAUGCCCUCUGUUCCACAGACAAUUCCAAGCCAUAUUAGAAUCCCACUCGGAGUAUCGAUUCCUACGAUGCCGCGGGCCCCGGACGCCAUAUACAGCCCAGCUUCAGGCGUAGAUGACGCUGCUACAAUCAAUCUACCAUCAAGUAUAGCUCGGUCAUCAUCUUACAUGGCUAACGGAAGGCCCAAUUUUGCCCCACCUGUAUCGACAGUAGGGCCUACCCCCGAUCUCAAUGAGAGUAGAAAGGAUUAUUUUUCUAUCCCUCGUACGAUUCCUGACAACGAUGAUGGCCCCGAAGCCCUAAAGCCUCAAACUCCGGUCUUUCCCGACGCUUCAACUAUCACUGCUGAAGAACUUGUCAAGUACCAAUCCCAAUCAGUAUCUAUCCUAAUCGUCGACUUGAGAAGCCGCGAGGAGUUUGACCGUGGCCACAUCAUGUCACAAUCGAUCAUCUGCAUCGAGCCAAUGACACUGAAAAACGGCAUUACUGCUGAGGUACUGGGAGAAACCAUGGUUGUUGUACCAGACCUCGAGCAAUCUCUCUUUGAGACGAGGAAUGAUUUCGAUUUGGUUGUUUACUAUGAUCAGAGCUCCAAAUCCGUCAACGCAAGGGCAAGCGAAGGCGUGCUGCAAUAUUUUGCAACCGCUGUUUAUGAUUAUGGAUACGAGAAGCGAGUGAAGCGACGUCCGUUACUACUUGUUGGAGGGCUAGAUGCAUGGAUAGACCUUCUUGGCCCUAAUUCGCUGAGGUCAUCUUCGACAGAUAAUUCCAUAUCAAUCGCCAAGCAAGCAGGCUCCGCGCGAUCAGUAGGCAGAUUCAAUAUGCCCGCAAGUCAAUUGGGACGUAUGAGAUCUCGCUCAUCUCGCCUCUUAUCGUCGGACGAAGAGAUGAAAUGGGACCUGGCUUUGAAACAAGAGGAUGCCCCAAACAGCCCUGGUUCUAACGACCAGUUGGAUCUCAAUGAAUUCGUAUAUGCUAGGACUGUGGAUGCAUUCUUGAACAAAUAUCCAGAGAUGCCUGUGAUUCAGGAAUCCAUGGUUUCGCAGUCUCCACCCGUCAGGUACAAACAUGCCACUCCAGAUGACAUCGAUAACAGCGUACCACAACUUCCAACUCGGCCAGCCCCCGCGCUUCCAAGACAAAGAUCUGGCGGCAUUUUCGACAGAACCACAGUCACCUCCUACGCUGCAGGUCCCGGAACUAUCAGCACUCUUCAGGUUUCCCCCGGACUGACUGGCCUCGACAAUCCGAGAUAUCUGUGCUACUUCAACUCUAGCAUUCAAGCACUCAGUGCAACCCCUUUCAUCCGUGAUUUUGUUAGGAACUUCACACCGGGUAGUUUUGACGUCCCUGCGCGACGAGGAGAGACCACAAGACCCCCACAACUCUUGCUCCGAUUCCUGUCCAAUCUGUUCCGCAAUAUGUGGAGCGGGCAGUAUGAUUACGUGGGCCCGACCAGUCUUGCUAGAUAUGUCAACACUAUCCAUUUUAUGUCUCGUCACGCAACAGCCUCUAACGUCAAGGGUUUCUGCUUUGGUGGAGUGGAUCGGCAACACGAUGCUGCCGAAUUCCUCUUGUGGUUUCUCGAUGUCUUGGACGAUGAGAUAAAUCCAGGACGGGAUCAGCGUCCCGACUUUGGCAGGACAAAUCUUACGUCAAAAGAACUGACCCUUCAAGCCGCGCUCCCGCUCAAUCAGGCCUCUCAGUAUGCCUGGUCGAUAAUGAUGAGGGGCCAGAGCUCAAUGCUCGCUCAGCGUUCAUGGGGUCAAACGUGCAAUGUGGUCACUUGCAUGAGCUGCAAUACAUCUAAUCGGAAUUGGAACGAUUUUCAGCAAUUGCCUGUCACCAUAACUACUGACCAACCCACGGAUUUACGAGCACUGCUUGGUGGUCUGGUUGACUGCGACAGCGAAAUAUGCAAAAGGCAGGAAAAUUGGGUGGAGGGACAACCUUUGCCGAGGAGGACAAAGGUACAAAAUGCUUACAUCACACGACUUCCCGAAUAUCUUAUGAUCACUCUCAACCGCUUCGUAAACGAUCCAGUGACCGGAAUCUCUAGGAGAGUUAACACGGUGGUGACCUUCCCAGAAACCGGAAUCAAUUUCGAACCUUACUUCUGUCCUCGGGAUGCGAGUCCAGAGCCGCUCAAAGACCAAGAACACAAAGCACCUUAUGAAUACGCCGUGUAUGCGGUACAACGACACUCAGGAACCCUAGAUACAGGACACUACACGACCAUGGCACGUCACCCAGGCCUUCCUAGGAAUGAUCCCAAUUCAGCUGGAGGAUGGCAUCACUACAAUGACAAGUUUGUCAGCCCCUACACCCCCACCGUCAGUCUUCACUCUCAACCCGAACUCUACGAGAGUACUCAAAACCUCCAACCUCGGCCAAACCAACUAGAGCAAGACAUGGAAACGCACCCCAUCCACGGCCGCGGCUUCUCCAACCACCCCAUCGAGCCCGCCGACCUCUCCUCCGUGUCCAAUGCAAGGGGCUGGCUCACCGACACGGCCAUCCGGCAGAUCGUCUCGGCCAAAGGCAACACGUCGCCCUCGUCGCGCGUGCACUUCGUGGAUCCCACCUGGCUCUCCCAGUGGGCGCUCGACAACCGGCCCGACCUCGCGGCGCUGGAGCGCAGCAAUGCGGUGCCGGCCUUCCUCGCUGCCGCCCGCGACCCCGCCGUGCAGGGCCUCGCGCUACCGUUCAACGAGGGCAACAGCCACUGGGUCACCAUCUACCUCAACCUGGAAGAGGGCGGGGCCAUCUACUUCAACUCGCUCGGCAGCGGCGGCGGGGUGAACGCGCGCCGCCUCAUGGAGGACUUCUAUGCCAAGUUCGGGGGGCUGUCUCCGCAUCGGACGGGGCCGAUGAGCGCCCUGCGGUGGCAGGUUGACACGGGGUGUGCGCAGCAGAUGGAUGGGAGCUCGUGCGGGAUUUAUACGGUGCGGAACUGUCUGGAUCUGUUGGAGAGGAGGGUUCCGGGUGGGGAGAUUCUGAGCCCAGGGCAGAUUGCGAAUUUUCGGCGGAAUGGGACGGGGGUUCUGAAGGAGGUUUUGCGGGGGCAGAGGGAGGUGGGGGGUUGA